GUAGUCUGAUAGAGUAUAAUCAAUUCAGUUGCUUUUACUAAUCACGACAAGCUUUACGCCAAUUUUCUGAGUUACUUGAGACAUGUUCGUUCACAAAUUAUGCAAGCAAUGAUAUCAAACAGAUGCAAUACGAUACUAAAAUUCACGGUGUUGGGUUCAGCGCUCUUUUCGUUUGUGGUCACUCAAGAUUGGCCUAGCAGAUUGACUGUUGCUCAAGAUGGUAGUGGAAAUUUUACCACCAUACAAGCAGCGGUAAAUGCUGUUCGUGAUUUAUCCCAAGUCCAAGUCGAAAUUUAUGUGAAACCAGGUAACUACCAGGAAAAAUUAAUCAUUCCCUCGUGGAAAACCAAGAUAUCACUAAUUGGCGAAAACAGAUCAACGACAAUUGUCAGUAAUGCCGAUUACACUGGAAAACCUCGACCGUUCCCCGAUCCAACGGGACAAACGGUAUUCAACACAUUCACCUCGUACACCGUUCUCGUUCAGGGCGACGACUUCCGUGCGUCGAACUUAACUUUUGAAAAUGUUGCCGGUCAGGUUGGUCAAGCUGUCGCACUACAUGUGGAAGGGGAUCGGGCUGUGUUUCGUGAUUGUGCCAUUUUGGGAAACCAAGACACUAUUUACGCAGCCAGCCAAAAUUCAAGGCAAUAUUAUUCGAACUGUUACAUUGAGGGUACAACCGAUUUUAUUUUCGGGGAAGCAACUGCCAUUUUCGACAAUUGUCUCAUCAGAACGUUACGAAAUUCCUACAUUACCGCCGCUUCCACGAGACCGGAAACAAAAUUCGGAUUCGUGCUGAGAAAUUGUACAAUCAUUUCAGCGACGGAUGUAACAUCUGUGUAUUUGGGUCGGCCAUGGCGACCCCAUGCUAAGACAGUAUUCUUGAAUACAACAAUGGGAUCGUUUAUCAAUCCCAGUGGAUGGCACAAUUGGGGUAGUGAGGCAAAUGAAGCGACUGCAUUUUAUGCGGAAUAUAACACACAAGGCGUUAACGUUACUUUGAGAGUGCCUUGGAGCCACCAAUUGACAGAAAAAGAAGCAUUUUUGUACAAUGUUGAAAAUAUAUUUGCUAUUGACGAUAGCUGGGUCCCAGAACAUUGCUGACAAUAAACUUGUCUUUUUCUCAGACUUUUCUUGAAU